CACACACACAGACUAGGUGCACACACUUUUUAUUUUCACCCAAUUUUUUCCGGUCUGACACCCAAGUGGUUCAUUCGAGCUUUUUCUUUCUUUCUUUCUUUUUUUCUUUUUUUUUAUUUUAUUGAUACUCCCCCCAAAAAUUUUUGGCACCUUUGGGAUCUGCCCGGUUAAAGCGUUGGAUCCGUCGGUGUACUGCGAUCCUCCUCCGGUGUUCGGCCCGGACCUCUGCCCCAACAUGAUCGCUGCCCAGGCGAAGCUGGUCUACCAGCUCAACAAAUACUACAACGAGCGAUGCCAGACGCGCAAGGCGGCCAUCGCCAAGACGAUCCGUGAGGUGUGUAAGGUCGUAUCGGACGUCCUGAAGGAGGUAGAGGUACAGGAGCCACGCUUCAUCAGCUCUCUGAGCGAGAUCGACGCGCGCUACGAGGGCCUCGAGGUAAUCUCGCCUCAUGAGUUCGAGGUCGUGCUGUACCUCAACCAGAUGGGCGUCUUUAAUUUCGUGGACGAUGGCUCGUUGCCGGGCUGCGCUGUCCUGAAGCUCAGUGACGGCCGUAAGCGCAGCAUGUCGCUCUGGGUCGAGUUCAUAACCGCCUCGGGGUAUCUGUCCGCGCGAAAGAUUCGAUCGAGAUUCCAAACUCUGGUGGCGCAGGCGGUGGACAAGUGCAGCUACCGCGACUCGGUCAAGAUGGUGGCCGACACGAGCGAGGUGAAGCUGCGGAUUCGAGAGCGCUACGUGGUGCAGAUCACUCCGGCCUUUAAGUGCACCGGGAUCUGGCCACGCAGUGCCGCUCAGUGGCCUCCACCGCACAUCCCGUGGCCCGGACCGAACCGGGUCGCCGAGGUCAAAGCCGAAGGAUUUAAUCUGCUCUCGAAAGAAUGCUACACGUUAGCGGGGAAGCAAAGCUCGGCCGAGAGCGACGCCUGGGUCCUGCAGUUCGCAGAGGCAGAAAACCGGCUGCUGAUGUCCGGCUGCAGGAAGAAGUGCCUGUCGAUUUUAAAAACGCUCCGCGACAGGCACUUGGAGCUGCCGGGCCAGCCGCUCAACGGCUACCACAUGAAGACGCUGCUGCUGUACGAGUGCGAGAAGCACCCGCGCGAGAGCGACUGGGACGAGGCGAGCCUCGGCGAUCGCAUCAACGGCGUCCUGCUGCAGCUCGUCUCCUGUCUGCAGUGCCGCCGGUGUCCUCACUACUUCCUCCCCAACCUCGAUUUAUUUCAGGGCAAAGCGACGUCAGCCCUCGAGGCGGCCGCCAAGCAGACCUGGAGACUCGCGAGGGAGAUCCUGACCAACGCUAAGAGCCUGGACAAACUCUGAGCUCUAAAAAAUAAAUGAACUCAAUUAACUCGAAACAAAAGACUCUGAGAACGGCGAGACACACACACACACACACAAAAAAAAAGAAGAGCUCUGCAACCACGCCUGGACAAACUCAACCAACAAACAAGACCUGGAGAAAUUCAGAGCGGUGACAAGAACCAGGACCGACCCGAAUAAACAAGAGACACGCAGAGUCACCAAACUCGAACAAUUUACAAAGAUACAAACGGGGGGGGGGGUGGGGCUCAUGAGCAACUCUGAGAGCCUGAACAAACUCUGGAUGAAAAAUAAAAAACAAGGAGAAAUCUGCACCAAGCUGGAAAAACCUUAAAGUGUAAAAAAAACAAUAAAAAAAAUAAAAUAAAAAAAAAAAA